UGCAACAAAGUUAGUAAACAUUUUAAGUACUUUUCUUGCCAAUCUUUUAAAAAUAUAUUUGUGAAUAUGCAGAUAAAUAGAAAAACUUUGUAAAAUCAAAAACAAACAUUUUUUCAUGUAAUCCCUGUACGCACGGUGUUAUCUAGAAUCUCUCAACAAUCAAAGUGUUUUACGGUUUUCAGAGCUAGUUCAUUAUUAUGGCAGAUUUACGCUUAAAUGAGCAAGAACUUUGUGGUAUAGGAGCAGUGGACUUCACAGCUCAGGAAUGGAAAAGUUGGUGUCGCCUGUGUGCUAGAGCUGAUACACAAUAUAUUAAUGUCAUUUCCGGACAGUGUCAGCAACUUGUGCCAAAAACUAAUGAAUACAGUAGUAGUAGUUGUAGUAUUGCCCCUGUCAUAGAGGAUUUCUUUCGGAUUCAGAUUAAAGAGGAUGAAAAACUCUCGCAGCUGGUUUGUAUAGAAUGUUACCAACUGGUAAAUUCCUUGAUAAGGUUUAGAGAGCGAGUAAAUAAAGUUCAGCAAAUGUACGACGAUCUACAAAAUCAUGUAUACAUAGGCAAACUUAACUCAAAAGCUUUGUUUGAAAAAUAUGACUUAAUUGAAAAUGCACCAUUUUUUCCACCUAAUGACAGUAAACUGCCUGUUGAAGAAAUUUUCAUUGCUGAUUUGCCUGUCACAACUAUAUCACAAUCAUCAGGAAAUGAUGUAAAAAGUGAAAAGAAAUCGGAUGAAGUGCAAACGGAUAUAUUUUUACAAGAGUACACAAAGAAGGGAGAAUUUAUUGAUCCGAUCGGUGAUGAAAAAGGUAGUUCUGACAAAGAUUAUUCUCCGAUAGCCCAUGACGAAGAUACUAGCGAUAAUGAAGAUAGUGAUAUAGAGUUAGAGUCUAAAAAUAACGAAUCGGAAAAGGUUACACAAAAAUCAGAGGACUCCUCGAAUGUACACAAUCAGGACCUGGAAUGUAGCUAUUAUUGCAAAAUUUGCUCUCAAAGUUUUCAACGUAUCAGGCACUAUACUCUUCAUAUGAAAACGAGACAUGGAGACAUAAUAUGUCCCCAGUGUCCGAAAUCAUUCAAAAACGCAUUAAAAUUAAGGCAACAUAUGAAAGACCACCCAAGAACGUUUUCCUGUUUACAUUGCGAUAAAAAAUUCGAAACAAAAGUAAGUUUAGCAAAACAUAUAAGAUGUACACAUGAAGAUGAGCAACCACUUAUUUGUGAAGUAUGUGGGGUGACUUUACGCACGAAAAAACAACUCAGAGAACAUAUGUUGCAACACACUGAUUAUUCGCCAUUUGAAUGCAAAGUUUGCGGUACUUGUUUCAAAGUAAAAAGUCGUCUGAAGAGGCACAUGCAAAUACAUGGAGACAAGCAUAUUUGCCCUGAAUGUGGUAAACAACUGAGUACGCGAGCUACGCUCAAAAGUCAUUUGUUGGUGCAUUCCGAUAAGAUGUCACAUAAAUGUGACUAUUGUGGCCGGUUGUUUAAACGCGCAAAUACACUGAAAAACCACUUAAUUGCCCACACGGAUCUCAGACCUUAUUCAUGUGACUUUUGUGAUAAACGGUUUUCAACUGGGCCUAGUUGUCGUUUUCACAAAAGAACAAUGCAUCCAAAGGAACUAGCUGAACUAGAAGCAUCGGGUGCUAAAGCAUAUACCAAAAAUAUACCUACUUUGAACGUACUAAAGGCGGUGUCAAGGGCAGGUACAAAUUUCAAGCCUCUAGCAUCAAAACAGAAUGGUUUUGCACAUUUCGACAAGGAAGUACAAAUUAAACCCGAAGAUGUGAACUCAAAUCCAACAAAAUAUUAUAAAUCAGAUUUAUUAUAUGUUAAACAUUAAAACAUUUCAAUUACUUCCCAUUAAAUUAAAAAAAGUAAUAAAUACAAAUUGAAAUAACGUAGGA